UAUUGUACGAUAAAUUGCACGGGUUAGAGUUAGAGGCUCUAGCUGCGUAUUGUACGAUAAAUUGCACGGGUUAGAGUUAGAGGCUCUAGCUGCGUAUUGUACGAUAAAUUGCAUGGGUUAGAGUUAGAGGCUCUAGCUGCGUAUUGUACGAUAAAUUGCACGGGUUAGAGUUAGAGGCUCUAGCUGCGUAUUGUAUGAUAAAAGUACGGGGUUAAAGGCCGCCGUAUGGUUCAGGGGUUUGAGGCCCCUGAAAAAAAAAAUGGACACAAUGGCCAAGGAGUGUGACAGACAAGAAUGUGAUGGCGGCUGGGGAAAAUGUGAUUAGUCAUUACUUUGUAAUGAUCAAUUGAAUGGACGGUUGUCGAAUAGAGAACGUUCCUUGAAAGGGUUAAGAGGGAGUUUACAAUACUCGAAAAGUUGUGACCUCAAACGUCUGGUAAAAUAAAAAAUAAAAUAAAAAAGUAACUGGAAGUUUUAUGGUAAAGUGAAACGCAGAGAGAGUGCUUGUGUGUGUGUGUGUGUGUGUGUGUGUGUGUGUGUGUGUGUGUGUGUGUGUGUGUGCGCUGGUGAAAAUGGUCAAGAGAAAAAAAAGAGCAGGGUUGGUGCUCGAGAAUUUAAGAGUUUGGCGUAUGAUAAAAGUAAACGGGGAUUACGUGGAAAAACGAAAUGCAACGAAAGAACCGAUGAUUAAUGACAGAAUUGACUGAUUGGUCUUUUGCCUGCCGCGCAUGCGUAAGACAAUUCAAACGACCCGCCCAGACUUUGACUAAGCCACCGCCCUAUGACGUAAAGCCGGAGGCGUCUUUAUACCCACUUUUGACAGUCACAGGAGGAGCCCUGGUGGUCGAAACAGAAACAAAGCUCUCUGGUCCACCCCCUACUCCUGUGACAAAUGAGGGCGGUGCUCACACAGCCUCUCUAAGAUUGAACCCUCCUCCAAAACUAAUGCUGUCUCCUGAGUGUAAUUCACCUCUGGUGCCUAAGCCCCAAAAUAACAGCCACCCAGCGGAAAACCUCCCGAAUAUACCUAAUCUUACUAGACAGCAGAUAAUGCAUGAGUCAACGCAAAACUCCUCACUUUACACGCCAGACCAUUUUGUUGCCAUAAACAAAUGCCCUCCCCCAGUAGAUGACAGCCUCUCACGUGCACAUCAGACAUUCUUGAACAACACACAACAGAGCAAGACUUUGUGGUCUCCUGUAACUGUUAAUGGCUCAAUGGAAGACUACAUUGACCAACACCCACAUGAACCACAUGCAUACAACAUACGCUCAAAAAAGCUGGAGGGACACGCAUAUCCACUUUUUCCUGAUAAUAGCGGCAGAUUCCAAUAUAAGCCUUUUGCUGUGGCAGACAUGCAAGCCAUUGUUGACAAACUUCCACCGGUGUCUGAAGGUGGGAGUCUUUGGCUUAACACGUUAGACAAACUAACAGCAGGGUACACUCUCUCAGUAGAAGACUUUAGAAGCAUUUUGUAUCGUUGUGUUUCCACACAAGAUGGCAAAAAUACAGAACAACAAGUAGGAUUAAUGGCUGAAUCUUCGACCUCACCGAUAACACCAUACGUUACAAACAUAGCUACUGCUAUGCGCAGUCUCUUUCCUCAAGAUGAGGAUGAUAAGGCUAGUGACAGAGCAGCAAGGAAGCAACUCCUUAAUUUAAAGAUCGCUGAAAAUAAAAGGUUAAAAGAACCAAAAGGUCAAAGAUCAGCUAGGAUAUAUUCAGCAGUGGGUGACCUUGCUUUUGAGUUCCAACAGGUGGAGGAAAGAAUCCUCAACAGACGUGGGACCAGACGGUUGGACUCGGGUGGUGGACAACACGGUGCUUCAAAGUCAGUCCGGGGAAGAAACUGUUUUGCCUGUGACCAGCCUGGUCACUGGGCUCGAGAAUGUCCGAAUAUUUCUGAACAGGAAAGGUCCCGGUUUGCCGGCAAACGAACAUUAUACCGGCGUGGCAAAGGACGCCCACCGCAGGAGCCCCAGCAGGAGAUACAGACUGGCCCCCUGCUGGACAUGAGUGUCAACGGACAAUGUUAUCAGUUCGUGAUUGACACUGGUGCCACCCAUUCGAUUCUGAAUGCAGAGGUACCAAAGAAACUGUGUGCUUCCUCUUUAAAGGUCAAAGGCUUCGCUGGGGUCACAAGAAGGUUACCUGUCACCAAACCACUUCCGGUUCAGAUUGCGGGACACACACUAAAGCACCCCUUCGUGAUUGACCUGCACACACCCUGCCAGAUUGGUAAUGACCUCCUUUACAGACUGUACCCUGACAUUCAAUAUCGCACAGAAGGAACCUUCCUGGUGUUACCUGACGGCUCAACCACCCAGCUGCGACACCACUACCAAGGCUCCUCCAUGAGCUCAUACCACAGCCUGAAACAACAGGAAUGGCUGACAUCCAACUGCUCUAACAGUGAAAACCCUGACUGACUGAGAUGCUUCCGUGUGUUCUGCCACCCGACUCGCCAUAUGUUAUGAUCACCAGUUAGACACUCGAACCAGGAGACCUUUGACUCCUUUGUAUAUUUAUAUAUGUUGGAACUCAAGGUGUGGUUGCUCAUGUUGACCUAUCUUUGAAACAACUAGCAUGGUAUAAGAUGGACACAAUUGUGUCCCACAUUGUUCCCUUGCUCUCUGUCUCGCCUACAAAACCAAAGAACUUAGGUCCAAUGAUAAGACACGGCGUAGCUGCCAAACAUUACACCGACACCCAAAUACCACAUUUUCAAUUGUUUAGGUUUAGCCCAUGGUUAUGUUAAACACAUAACUAUGGGCUGCACUUUAGACACCUGUAGGCUACGAGGAGCUAGCAGCUACACAACAGCUGAGCUAAAACGACACAUUACACAUUUAAGCAUAUCAAAUAAUUAUAGUUGCUCAUUACAUACACAUAGUCGUCAAGACAGAAGUCUGAUAGAAAGUAUUCAGUAACAAACGUGUCUGCAUCAUUCAACUUUCUACAACAUGAGCUUGACUUAAUGAAUUAUUGGGGCCACCAGGUGUGGUAAAAUUUCAAAAUACUAUUGAUAAAGCAUCCGCCAUACGGGUAGUAUUUUUGUAGUAUUUGUGACAAUAUAAAAUAUAAGCAUAUUUAGUGGAGUUUGAGUUAUUUGUGAUAUUGCUAAGGGGUCCCCUACCCUAACACCACCCCCCAGUGGACCACAGAGGCUAAAGAGACUAUCAUUGACCUCAAACAUGACUUGUCCUCCGCUACUUGACUAUUAGCUGACCUUUUUCUUAGAUGUUUCUGAAAGUGAUAGUAUGACUAACACAGUCCUUUUUCAGAAACAGAAGGGGGUGAGUGAGGGUGGAUACAGACUCCUUGGAACAAAAUCGACAAUAAUCCGACUCUGACACAUUCCAUAGUUUUAACGUUUUUCCCGUGGGUAAGAAGUUAUAACUAAUUUUCAUUUGAAAAUAACAAUUUUACACAUCGAUAGUAGUCUAGUAGAUCAAAUUUAGAAUAUGGAGGAGGUGAGGGUGAACCAUGUAUAGUCUUUGAUUUCACUGAUAUGAUCAAUACGGUACAAGGGAAAAGGUACGUACUGACUUGUGUUGACAAUCACAGUGGUUGGCCGGAAGCAACAACAACCUCAAAAGAGGAUGCAAUAUCAGUAAUUAAAUGACUUGUGAAUGACCUAGUACCCCGACAUGGUUUCCCCAAAAAGAUUAGGUCAGACAACGGCAACCAUUUAAAAAAAACAAAAAAAAACCCUCACUUAGCCUUGGUCGAAAAGGCUUUCGGACUAGAACACAGGUUUGGGGUACCAUCCUGAGUCCCAAGGUAAGGUUGAAAGGAUGGACCAGAAUAUUAAAAACUAAUUGGCUAAAAUCUGUGCACAGACCAAAUUUAAUUGGAUUGACAUGUUGCAAUUAGCGUUAAUGAUCAUUCGAAGGUCCGUGAAUAAAACUGUUUUACCGCCCUUUGAGUUUUUCACCCUAUGAGCUGCAUACAGGUCAGCCAUUCACAGGACCAGCAGCCGCCAUGGAAGGAGGACUCAGCGUAAAACCAAAAUGGUAUUUUACACAAAAAAUGCAGAAUUUGUGUGCCAGUUCUUCUGUACAGAUACGAUGAUGACAGCCCGCCACUCCAGAUUCCCUUCCGGCCGCUGAGAGGGUCAAGAUCAAGGUCAUCAAACGCAAGUGGACGGAGCCCAGGUGGUCCCUUCAAGGUCGUGGAACGGACGUCUCACGCCCUUCGACUAGCUGGAAAAGGGGACACCUGGUACCACCUCUCCCUCUACACUCCUGCUGAAGAACCUGACAGAUCACCAGCGGAUGUCAUUGUUGACAUCGCCACUACAUCUGCCCCACUCGACCCCCAGCAGCGCCUUUUGAGCCUGAGGCAGCUGAAGAAGAACGGGAGCAGAAAACGACUCAUUUUUAGUGUCAUAGAAGAGCGAGGCUUUAAUUACACACACAUAAUCCUACAGCCCAGAAGACGACGCUGAGAGAGAGAUUUUCUACCUAUAUUACUCUUUUUAACUUCUAUAUUGUAUAUCCUUAUUUGAGACCAGCCUUUAUACUCGAAGUUAUCCAAUUUCUCUUGCUUGUUUUCAGCAUAACUACAUGUGUCUUUACAUUAAGUGAAAAGUUUGAUGUUUAUCCCCGUUUUGCUACCUAAAUUACUCUGAUAUUGAUAGACGAAAGGCAGGGUGUCACACCCGGUAGUGUUCCCUGACGGACUGGUGCUUGGGCGUGUUCUACUGUUUUUGUGUCUCAGUUCUUCCUUCCUGACGACAGUGACUGACAAGUGUCUAAGAACAAACAGCGGACUUUAAAUAGACUGGGUAAAAGGGGAUAGCAAGACUUAUUUUUUGACCUGUGCAGUGUGAUUAAUUACGGGGGACACAAUAGCUAUUACCGUGGUAAUAACCUCUAUAUUUGUGACGACUCAACCCUGAACCAUUGGUGUCGGAUGCAGACAACAUACGCUGGUAAGUGGUGCCCAUCGUCCCUUUUAUGUUGUUUUGGGGGUUGACCUGACUGAUACAGACUCUAAAGGAAUUAUUAAAAUUAAUGUCCUUGAGAGGGCGUUAACUACCUCUACACCCUCUGUAGCACCUAAAGUACCACCCCACCUUGGUGGUGUUUCAAAGGCUCUUACAUCUGUGCGUGCUAAUGACAUCACCACCGAAGGCCUGGUAACUUUGACCUUAGGAGCGGGUACAGGUAAACCUGUGGCUCAGGUGGAUGCCAAAAUCUGGGUAACUGUGUUGCUUGUUCCGCUGGACGUCCUUUUCCCCACACUUACCCCGGCCCUUUUAAGUUGACUGACAUGUAUACCCUUCUGUUGACAAUGGUUAAUUGUGAUAUUACACCCGACUUCUUCCCUUUGUGGCCCAAAAGCUGAAUUACACGCGUUUUCAAAUUACAGGACCCUCUUCGUCCCCCAACAAAUUGGGUGACAUUAACCCUUCCUGGUGCACCACACUGAUAGAUGGCUCUAGGAUAGGCCCUUGGGCACGAGCUGACUUAUUCUGGUAUUGUGGGGAGCACAGAUUGUACAUUAGAAUCCCAACGUUAUCCGUAGGGCUUUGUGCUAUGGUUAGACUGGUGACCCCACUCACCCUAGUGGGUACCAAAUUAACUCCCCUUGUAACUCCUGUCUCAGCUGCCUCUCUAACUUCUCGCCGACGCCGCCAUGUUUUAUCUCGGAGGAGUGUAAAGGGCUCCUUUGAUCUGACGAGAAACCCUGAUGGUGUUUACUUUGAUGCAAUUGGACAACCAAGAGGGGUCCCCUCACAACACAAAUUGUGGUGUGAAUCCUGUGCAGGUUUCGAGAACCUUCCUAUCAUUGGUGCUAUUUUCCCUGUGACUGCUACUAAAAUUGUAGAACGCAUUUACUAUGUUUUUAUAAUCUGUUGAGACUGACCAACCUGACUCGUGACGCCGUUGAGGGACUUGCUGAACAACUUGCCCCGACCUCCCUCAUGGCCAUCCAGAACCGCAUAGCCCUUGACCGCAUCCUAGCCAAGGAAGAAGGUGUGUGUGUGCAAUGUUUGGUGACCAAUGCUGUACCUUCAUUCCUAACAAUGCUGCCCCCGUUGGCUCGGUCAAGAGCGCCUUAGAAGGCCUCAGAGCCUAAGAACUUACUGAAGUUUCCAGGGUCUCUGACCCCUUUAAAGAUUGGCUUCAUAACACCUUUGGCAGGUGGUCUGACCUAAUUAAGUCGGCCCUGGUCUCCAUUGGAGUUUUCUUGGCCGUCAUAACCUCAUGCGGAUGCUUUAUUGCCCCUUGUGCUAGGUCUCUAUGCACCCGCAUCAUUGUUAGAGCUGUCAAAGGUCAACCCCACCCUGGUUCUGGGCUUGCUAUGUCACUGAAGGGGGUCAAGCAUAGUGGUGACUUUCAGGGACGGUUAGUUUCCUUCCCUGACAAUGACGACAUUGACGUUGACUCCCUCCUUCUCUCUCCCAUGUAACUAUGGUUUGAUUGUUUAUCGAUAGCUUGCUCGAAAACCAAAACAGCACCUACUUUAAUGUAGGGCGUGCUUUAGAGGUGUUGCUCUCGUAGGAGAGAUCUUUUGGAUAAGAUCUGAAGGGGGAAUUGAAAGAUAUAUAUAUAUAUUCAUAUAUCCAUAUUUUGUGUUACUUAUUAAUUUUCAUAGUCAUAUUACAUAUAGCUAAUGUUCCAUAUUGUACUCUUUGCUUUUCUUUUCAUCCCAUGACAAAGUGCUCGCACUUGGGCCGGCCUUGAAGUAGAAGGCAGAGAGGAGGAAUUCCUCCUUCCUGUGCUUCCCAGGCCGACUCAAGAUAAGAGACAAUGAGCAUGUGUUUGAGGUGAGACAAGUGAGGGCGGGGGGAGAUACUGAAGAGGAGAGGGCUUUCCGGGAAGUGGCCAGAUCAACUUGGGCUACGCAUUUGGAUGUGUUGUUCGAGGCUGGUCUCUAUUCUCAAAUAUUUGACAAUAAAAUUAGAAAAUACCUAUUCUGUGAUUGGUGUAUAUUCGAGAUCAGUUUAUGUGUCAUCUAAGUAACUUGGGACUGACCAGCGUUUUA